UGAAAAAUGAAGUAUCGAAAAUGUGGGGAUGUGCUGUCAAAAGAGAGUUCGUAUGUUUGAUUUUUUUUUGACGCGUUGUGUUGCUAAAAUAAAUAAUAAUAUGACAUAAACAAAAGAAAUUGUCAUGGAGUGUAAGUUGUUUGUGUUAUGGUUGCUGCCAAGUUUAUUGUUCCAUUUAAGUAUAUGCAUAGAUCAAGCAUCUUUUUACGGUAGCAGUUAUAUAUCAUUACCUUUUCAAGAAGCAAAAAGCUCAACAGAUAUACAUUUUCAAUUUCGAACUCUUUUACCAAAUGCUUUGAUUCUCUUAGUGGCAGGCACCACUGAUUAUUGCAUUGUUCGUUUGGAAAAUGGAAGAAUUAAAAUUAAUAUUAAUUUAGGGGCUGGGGAGUCUGAACUCUUAUCACAGCAUAAUUUAAAGCUGAAUGAUUUUAAGUGGCAUGAAGUUUCUAUUUCAAGAAGGGAAGCUAAUUUGUCAAUGCAGAUUGACAAAGGACAAGUUGUACAAAAACAACUUCCUGGACAAUUUUUUGAAUUAAAUAUUCAUUAUGGUCUUUUUAUUGGUGGACAUGGAAAUUUCUCAGAAAUAUUUUUUGGUCAUCUGGAUAAUUUUAGAGGAUGUCUGUCAGAGUUGAGUUAUAACGGAGUGAUGGUCCUUGAACAAGCAAGGCUUCGCCAACUGCAAUCAAUCGUCCAGCGAAUAACUUGGAAUUGUGCGAGCGAAUUCGAAGCCACAUUUGAGCAUCCAAUUAGUUUUGUAGAAGAUGACGCCUUCAUGUUGCUGUCACGUAAUUUUCAUUCUAAAGAUAUCAAGAUUCAAUUCGAUGUGAAAACCAAAACGACACAAAGUAUUUUAUUUUAUAAUAUGGGUCGUGGAACAAAGUUAGACUAUUUUCUAGUAGAAAUAUGGAAAGGUAGCAUUCGGUGUAUAAUCAAAAGUGAAUCAAAAACUGCGGAACUUGUAAAUAGCGAAUAUAUUGCUGAUGGUUAUUGGCAUAAGGUACAUGUACAUAUUAGCUCAACUCUUAUCGAAGUCAGUGUAGAUGGAAAGAUGAAAAAUGAGAAGAAUCCUCACGGCCACGGUUUUCAGUUGAGUGAUGCUUUAUAUAUAGGAGGGUUGGAAGUGGGUCGCCGGUCAAGAGCCAUGGCGAAGGGUUGCAAAUUUUGCGAUGCUACUUUCAAGGGAUGUAUGCGCCAUAUUGUCGUAUCAGACAUGAAAGUGGGAUUGUCGGAUGUAUACGUGAGUGAAGGACUGCUACCAGGUUGUGUCUGGCACUACCCCUGUAUACAAAACCCGUGUAAAGAUGGUGCCGUAUGUGUACAAAAAGGCCUAGAUUCCUUUCAGUGUCAUUGCCAGGAAGAAUUCUGUGUCAAACUAAAUUUCACAGAAGGAUACAAAGUGUUUUCACACAAUAGCCUUGCCACAGAUUUAGAAUUACUGUCUGUGGAACCGUUAAGUGUUUUAGAGGGGCAAAGUGCGAUUAUAACCUCAAAAAACUUACACAUGAUUCUCGAUUACCAAAAGUUCGGAAUCAAGGAUUCCGGGAUUAAGUUUUACAUUAUUGAAAAUCCUAUCCACGGAACGAUAAAUGUUCGACCUCACGAGAAAAACUCCUUCACACUUGCCGAAAUUUUGAAAGACAAAAUUCACUACAUACACGAUGGAUCUGAAUUCUAUCAAGACAUCAUGAUUCUAGAAAUUGAAUUCUCACCGGAAAAGACAUUCAUUUUGCCGGGGUACUUACAGGGUAGAUUUAGGUUUAGUUUAUCGGCAAAUGUUGUCCCUGUCAACGAUCUUCCACAACUGAGCUCUUCUGAAUCCACAGUUUUACGCAUCGUACAGGGUACAAAAAAGCUCAUAGACGGUGAUCUUUUCAAAGUUAAAGAUCCCGACAGCACAUCAGAACAAAUCAUUUACAACAUCAUAAAGUCCGACAGCGGUCAUUUCGAACAUAAAAGUAAAGAAGGAGUCAAAAUAACAUCUUUCACUCAAAAAGAGGUCGAAGAUAAGAAAAUCAUGUUCGUCCAUCAUAGCAGUUCGCCAAACAAUGAUUCAUUUGUGUCUUUACAAGUGUCAGAUGGCAUUGAAACGAGUCCAGUUUCAAAAAUACGCGUAUCCGUGUCUCCCCAAUACUGGAGGUUGGAAAACAACACGGGUUUAAUUGUUUUGCAUCAAACGUCAGCGGUAAUAACUCCGUUCAACUUGAGUUUUACCUCUAACGUGGUAGGAGUUGAUCAUAAAAUUCAAUUCCACGUUGUGAAGAAACCUUCUUAUGGUGUGAUUGAAGUCGAGAAGAAUAUGAACGCUUGGGAAGCGUCGGAAAUAUUUACUAAUAUCGAUUUAAAGCAACAUCGAGUGAGAUAUCGGCAUACAACGUCAAAACCAGACUACGACGAAUUUCAGUUUAGAUUAACUUUAGAUAAAUCGUCUCUUUAUACAUUUAGACUAACUUUCGUUAAGUGUUCGUUGUUGAACGUGAAUACAAGACUUUUGCUUCUUUUGAACGAUACCUGGGAAGCUACAUUAGCACCAGAAUACUUGUCUUUCCAUACGCAACCAAUCAAAACUCUUCCAACUUCAAUACAUUACGUAAUAACGUCGCCUCCUCUUUAUGGAUACCUUUUUUCUUCAAUGUCGAAAUAUAAACUACGUUCAUGUGAUACAUUUACUCAGGAAGAUAUACAGUCGCAGAAUAUAAAAUACAAGUUUCACCAGAAACCGUUCUCGUACGUGAACGACAGCUUCCAGUUCGUUGUGUUAUCACCAGGUUGUAAAAACGUAACUCACAGUUUUAAAAUCACCUACAACCCAUCCGAAUCCGUAACUUCCAGAGUGGCUUUUCACUUAAAACCGCUCUCAGUAGAUGAAGGUUCCAGCGAAACAAUUGACUCAACAUUGCUGAACUUAAAAACCACAGUUGUAACGGAUCUAGUGUUCAACAUCACCCAGAAACCCCAAUUCGGUGUUCUCCAAGUCAAAAACGCCGACACCACCCGAAACGACACCCACUUCUUCACUUGGACCGAACUACGAAUGAAACAACUCCGUUACAAACACGAUGGUUCUGAAACCCGUUCCGACGGGUUCGUUUUCUGUGCCCUUUCUAUAAACGAAAAUUUUCAGUAUGUGGGUGAAUUCAAAAUCGAAGUUAACCUCAAAAAUGACAAUAGUCCGGUGAGGACAGUUGAUAAAAUGUUCCAUGUUGUGGUUGGCGGUGAACGCAUAGUCACAGCUAACGAUUUAAAAUAUUCAGACGAAGAUUUGGAUACUACGCCUGCUGAAAUCGUUUAUACGUGCAGGGAGUCCCCGAAUGGCAAUUUUUAUCAUGUAGGAAAUCGAACGAUAAAAAUAAAAGAGUUUACGCAGGAGGAUAUCAAUAACGGGCGAGUUUUAUUUCGGCAUAAGGGCCCCGAGUUUGCUAAAGUCAGACUAUGGGUCACUGAUGGCAAAUUCCACGUUAGCGGAAUGCUGGAAGUGCAAGCAUCCGCGCCUUUUGUACAUGUGCAUCACAGGAAGAAGUUGAUAGUUCAACAAAGUAGUUUAGCGGUUGUGAGCGAGGAGAAUUUGUCGUAUUCCACUAACGUGUUUGCUUCAAGUGAGGAUGUGGUGUAUGAAGUCAGCUCACAGCCGGCGUCGGGGAGACUAGUAGCCACGAAAACCUUGAAGUCGUUGGAUAAUUUUACCCAAGAAGAAAUUAACUUAGGUCAGGUUAGCUACAUCAACGACGUACCGAAUUCCGAUGCGGACGAAAUUGAGCUCACUGUUAGGUGUAGGGACGCUAUUAAUGUUGCUCAAUUAGGAGUUCUAAUACUACCGUCCACGUAUUGGGAACCAUUAGAAGUGAAAAAUUUAAACAAAUUGUCCGUAGAAGAGUCAACGAGUGCGAUAAUCACCAAAAAUAUAUUGGAGAUUUCGCAACUAAACGUACCUCCAUCUGCCAUUUACUACUAUAUUAACCGACCUCCCGAGAACGGCUAUAUAAGCGUUAUAACCGACUCUAAACGCUCAGAUUAUGAACCCAAUAACGUCUUUUACUUUACACAAGACUUAAUAAACGACAACAGGGUUUUGUAUAUACAGUCCGUCGCUAAUCAAACUAAAGAUAAAAUCGUUUUCAAUGUCACAAAUGGGAUGGUUUGGCAAAACGACGUUGUUCUACGCACCGAAAUAAUACCUGAACAGAUAUAUCUAAGCAGCCAUAACCUAACAGUGAACGAAGGUGGUAUUGCCACAUUAUCUACCUCACAUAUUUUUAUACUCACCGAGUACUAUAAAAGUAAGUCACAAUUGCAGUACAUACAGUACGCGAUAUUACAAGACGCUCGACACGGUUGCGUACAAAUUGAUAAACGAUGUAGUAAAGUAAAUAAGUUCUCACACAAAAAGUUAGUCGGGGGUAGUAUAAGUUACGCCCACGAUGGUUCUGAAAAUUUAGUAGACGAAAUCAAAAUAACUGCAGUGGUUAAUCAAAAAAGAAGCAAUGCGGUGACUUUGAACGUCAACGUUUUGCCAGUCAACGACCAAAAACCGAGGCUUGUAAAUAACACAGGACUGAUAAUGUGGGAAGGCGGGGUCGAAGUUAUAACUAACACCAUGCUGGCUGCAAUUGAUGACGACGCACCUGGCGAUACUCUUAAGUACCAAGUACUCAACAGUUGGUGGGGAAGCGUGUCACUUAAGUCGGACUUAUCCACGUCAGUAAGUCACUUCACGCAAGAGUUAAUCAACAAAGGGAUGAUCGUUUUCAAGAAUCAAAAUGGUAGGGAAGCUAAAUUUACUUUUAACGUCAGUGAUGGUUUACACACCACAGAAGAACACACCUUUUACAUCAAAACAAAACCCGUUCAGUUACAACUCCAUGUCAAAUCUCUUCACAUAUUUCCUCUGCAGAGAAAAUAUAUAACUUCCGUGCAUCUACUAACUACAGUGUCUGACCCCGCAAGAGUUAUCUCUUACGAAGUGAUAACUCCGCCUAGUCUCGGGCGCCUGAUGAUGGAAUCCGAAGAAUCGCGAGGCAUUUUUAAAGUGGUGUCUAGUUUCACUCAAGAUGACCUCAACAACACUCGAAUUUUCUACGAGCAUACUCAUCAGUUUUCCGAUUUAUACGCAAACGAUUCUUUUGUUUUUAACGUAAAAGCACACCUUGCUCGAAGUUUACACAACCAGAUGCUAAAGAUAGACAUAUCUGUGUCUUCAGGUGGUCUGGAUGUGUAUGUUAGUAUACCUAAGAUAUCUGUAGAUGAAGGAGGGAUCACUACUAUUUCGUUGAAUUUAUCCAAAGUGAUUAGUUUUUUGGAAAACCAUGCAGGGAUUCGCUCGCCUAUAAUACACGCAGCGGCCGGGAUUCCCCAGCAUGGUCUAAUCUUUUUGCAAAAUAGUAGGAAUAUAACUACCUUCACCCAACAGCAGCUAGAGUCGGGACAGGUGUAUUACGAACACGACCAUUCUGAUUCGUUGGGAGAUAAUAUCCAUUUCUCUUUGUAUCUGCUUCCGGGAUAUGUGAUUUUAUGCAAUAUAACAGUGCCUAUUACUAUUAACCCCAUUAAUGAUCAACCGUUUAAUUUGAUUACGCCGGCCCCAAGUUUGACUGUCGUUCAAGGGGAGAACCAUACCAUUACGAGGACCGAGUUAGCAACAGAAGAUGCAGACACACCACCGUCUAAAAUAAAAUACAUUGUAAUAAACGCGGGACCCACGGAAGGUAAACUCAUUCUGUUACCGAACAGGGUGCCAGUUAUGCACUUUACUCAAGCUGAUAUUGAUAACCAGCUACUCGUGUAUGUACAUAAUAGUUCCAUUUUAAAAGAUUCGUUCCAUUUUCGUGUUUGGGAUGGAAGUUUCCCCCCAGAAUUCCGAUUAUUUAAUAUUAUAGUGUUACCCAUCAAGAUAAAUAUUUCUUCAGGACCGCCGGUGUAUCUACAACAAGGUUCUGAUGUGGUCUUCCUAUCCGAAAAACAGUUUUUCGUCGAAACGAAUGCUAAUAAGUAUAAAAUACGUUACUCGGUCAAAAGUGAGCCUAAACGUGGUGUUCUCUACGUGCAAGAUACACCCUCAUUGGUGUUCACUCAAAGUGACUUAAGUAAUGAUUACGUCAUGUACCUUCAGACUGAUAUGACAGCCGCUAACGACACGUUCAGAGUAAUGGGCGAGAUCAUUUCCGGAAACACGUCAGUGGGGAACGAAGUCGACGUCACGAUUAAAGUUCAACCAUUAAUGCAAAUCCGAAAUUUCACCGUAGCCACUGGGGAGUAUAAUCGAAUUACGUUAAGUGUACUGGAUGCGACACCUUUAGCUAAACUGACCAAUAGCAAUCCUCGGUAUACCGUGACGCACAUGCCACAAUGCAUACAAAUAAGGAAGGUAAUCCGAAGCUCGGGAGAGAAGAGAAAUGUACUGAACACAAUAAUAUCAACCUUCACUCAUGAAGAAGUUCAAAGUGGGUUGAUUUAUUUGUACGUUAAAAGUAUAGAGUUGCCGUGGAAUGGGCUACAAGAACGGUUAAUUUUUCUACUGGCGGCUAGCAUCUUCCAACCAGCUGUUGGAGAGUUGAGGGUUGAUAUCAAGUCUUCUCUAAGUAACGACAUUUACUCCACUUUGGCGGGGCCUAGUGAUCCUGCGGGUCAUGAAGGAGGACUACAUUUUGCAAGUCCUAAUAUGACCCGAGAUUAUUUUCUUAUAGUAAGUAUGGUCGCUGGGGUGAUAAUUCUCGGUGUCGCCGUAAUCGUAGUUAUUAAAUGCCGCUCGCUGGAAGCGGAGGAAUUGAAGAAGGAAGAAGAAUGCUUGCAACCUAUACCUUUGCCGAGGCCUCCGGACCGGCUGCUGGCGUCACCUUCGCCACUCAAACAGCACCAUUUAGAUGGUUUUACCCCACCGCUACCCACAGCACUGCCACAGUGUAAAGUAACUCCGUUGAGUAGAAGUGAGCUUGAAUCGCAUGCGUGUUAUCCAUAUGGCGUGGAUGAGCAACAUUCAGAUGACUGGAGUAGUUGUGAAGCAUCUGAUCCGACGUGUCCCUCUAAAAACAUUAUGCUGCGUAGAAAUCAGUAUUGGGUUUAAAAUUUUUGACCUGACUUUCGUAACCUAUCAGUGUAUAGGUCUGUGGUGUAUUUAUACAAAAAUUACAAACAUUUUUUACGGAACUUAGUUUGUAAUUACUUUCACACGAUUAUGAUAGAUAUAGAGGUUUUGUUAUUAUUUUUAUAUAAAAAGGUAGACUUAGAAGAGUUUAGUUGGGAUUGCUACGGAACUAUUGGGUUUUACAGUAAUGUAGGUACUUAACGUUUUUACUUUUUGCUAUGUUUGAAUAAAUAUUACGUUUUUUUGAAA